CUAAUUUCAGUACCUUAGUAUACAGUACCUACAUACUUUGGUUUUGGGUAUUGAAUAUUUCAAAGAAUAUUUUUCUUUAUCGACCGAGGAAUAUUUAAUACCUAUUUACUCUAAGUUUGGACUUGGUAGUGGAUAUUUAUUAUUUUUCAAAAACAUUUCAUGAUCAAUUGAGUAUUGAUCAACAUUGUUCGGUGAAGAAGAUACAUAAUUCAAUAAUGUCAAAAGAAUUUUCCAAAUAUUUCUAAGUAAUAAUAUUUUAAGAUGUCCAAUAACUCGCUCUUAUUUUCAAUUAACAAUGAAGGCAAAGUUUAUGCCCUUUCAACUAAUAGUUCUUGUUGGAGAGAGUUUAUGUAUUUAGGCUUAGAGUUCAAAACAUUGUCAGCUGUUCCACAUUUUUUGUGGGCAGUAGGAGGUGAUCGACAAAUUUACCUACACGUGCAUGGCUUAGAAAUACCAAUAAGAGUUAAAGAAGAAUCAUACGAAAAUGAACGGUGGCUUCCAUUAGAAGGAUUCAGUGGUAGGCUCUUGCCUACAGAUCGCUAUCACUUUUCUUCACAAGAUGGAACGAACGAUAGAUCAAUUGAUCGAAUUCGCCUACCGUCUAUGGCAUGGCAGUGGGAAGGGGAUUGGCAGCUAGAAUUAACCCUUGAUGGUCAACCAUUAGAUCACGAUGGAUGGAGCUAUGCCCUCGACUUUCCAGCUCAUUUUGGAUCUGUUAAGCAAUGGAAAUCUUGUGUUAGGAGGCGAAAGUGGAUUAGGUACAGAAAGUACAGUGCUAUGAACUCCUGGUGUGCAAUAGCACCUCUUCAUAAAGAUCCUACACAAGAGCCUUUUAUUGAUGUGAGUAUUGGAGGAGAUCAAAUUCCAUAUGCCAAUCCGGGUAUUCUCGCCGUCUGGGCUAUCACUGCUCAAGGCCGUGUAAUGUAUAGGUCUGGUGUAAGUACUACUUCUCCAGAAGGAUUGAAGUGGAUUAAUAUAAGUAUUCCUCCUAACUGUGAUUUAAAACAAAUUUCUGUUGGCACAACUGGCUUAGUAUGGGCCUUAUUGUGGUCUGGUAGAGCUAUAGUUCGAAAAGGUAUUACAAAAGAUUGUCCUACAGGUGAAGCCUGGUUGGAAGUAAAAUCACCAAGUGAAACUAAACUGACAGUGGUUUCUGUUGGACAUAAUGCAGUGUGGGCUGUUAGUUCUGACACAAGAGUUUGGUUUAGAAAAGGUAUUGAUGGAAAUGCUGCAGGAUCUUCUGAAUCAGCAGCAAUGGGAAGUGGCUGGAUGGAAAUUAAUGGAAAUAUGACUCAUAUAUCUGUUGGCAUUAAUGAUCAAGUAUUUGCAAUUGGUGAUUCUAAUAAAAGCAUAUAUUGGAGAAGUGGAAUCACUGCUGCAGAGUUGUCUGGAAAGAGAUGGAGGCAGAUACAGGCUAAUAUGCAAGUUAGUCGAACAUCAAGCUCAGCUAGCAUUAUAUCAUCAGCUUCUAAUUUAAAACACCAAAGUUUAAAUUUACUUAAUGAAAAUACAGUUGAACCAAAGUCUAACAUUAAUCUUAAAGAUUCUUGGGAAGAAUCUCAUUCAGCUCCAAUAGAGAAUACUUUACCCAUGAAGCCUACAAAAGAAAUUAAAAACAAAAGAAGUACAAACAUACUAAAUAUUGAUGUAAGUGGAAAGAGCUAUGAAACUACACUAAAAAAUCCUCGUGCCUGGAGUCCUGUCAGAAGUGUAGGGUCAGUUGUGGGAAUGGAAGCACAUCCUGAUAGUGAUAGUAGUGUCUUUGAUCUUGAUUCAGGCAUGUGUUUUGAUGAAGAGGUUAGUCAAACAGCAUGGGGUACUUGUGAUAUAGCCUGGACUUUUGCCGAAGCUGGAGCAUGUACAAUUGAUGCUGUUCAGCCACCAAACUGGUUUACAGACUCUCAAAAUUCACACAAUGCUGACAUUGUAGCUAAAUGGAGGUCUCAAAUAUUAGAAGACUUAAGAAAGAGAAAUACUUUAAACCUAGAUUUAUCUAAUUUUGGUGUAGCCAUUGAAGAAAGAGGUUGGACUCGCAGUUGUGAAGCCAGGUUAAUGAAUAAGAAUAACUCUUACGAUGAAUGCAUUAUCUCACUUUAUUGGCAUGCUUCUGAGAACACUGGAACUCUCUCUGUGUUUCAACCUGAUGGAACCAUUAAGUGCAUAUUCAAUCUUGGUGAAGUUACCAGCAUAACAACUGCUUCAGAACCUGGCUGCCCUAGGAUAUUAUUAACAAUUCCUAGCCAAAGUACUCAAAACAUCAGAAUUCAAUUUAUCUCUGAAAUGGAACAAGAGGAAUGGCUUAAUGUUCUUGUAGACAUAACAUCACAGAUUCAUUCCUUGAUGUCAAGAAGGCCUUCUGUCAGUUCAGUUUGGGCUAUAACAAGUUCAGGUGAUGUUCUGAAUUGGGAUCCUGCCCCUGUUCAAUUAUUGGCUGAGAAAAGUGGAAGUUUUAUGAAAGAAUUUCAAGUAUUUGGAAAAGAUAUCCAGAAGGGGUAUACAGCAAACUUGCAUAACAACUUUCCACCCGGUAGUACUUUACGAAUCACUGGAUGUCUGUAUGAUGAAAUAGAUAGGUUUCACAUAAACCUACAAGGACCAGAAGUACAAAAGCAUAGGCAUAGAACUGAAAGUGAAGUGAGUGAAGUCCCAUUUCAUUUUAAUAUGAGAUUUGAUGAAAAUGUUGUAGUUUGUAAUACAAAAAAGUCUGGUCAGUGGGGUGUUGAAGAACGCUAUUCUCUACCUUUAGCACCUGGUCAAGAGUUCAGUGUUAAAAUAAUCUGUGAUAAUAUUAGUUUUACCAUCAUUGUCAAUGAUAAUAAUUUUUGCUCAUUCAAACAUCGCUUGUGUCCAGAAACUAUUACUUCUGCUUAUGUUUUUGGACCAUUAAAAUUAUAUACAAUGGAAUAUUGUUCUACUAGUGUCAUCAUAGGACCAGAUGAAAUGUAUUGGCGGAUGAUGGGAGGUUAUUUGAGGAAAAUUGAAUCAUGUACUGAUGCAGUUGUAUGGGGCAUUUCUCAUGACCAUAGAGCAUGGGUAUACACUGGAGGGUGGGGUGGUGGGGCACUUAAAGGUAUAGAUGGUAAUGAUGGUUUACAUCCUAUGACUGACACACAAACAUAUUGUGUUUACGAAAACCAAAGAUGGAAUCCAUUGUCUGGGUACACAUCAAGUGGAUUACCUACAGACCGUUACAUGUGGAGUGAUAUAACAGGAAAGCACAAGAGGACUCGCGAGCACACAAAGUUACUUAAUCGACAUUGGCACUGGAUUUCAGAAUGGAUGACAGAUUAUAACACACCUGGUGGGGUAGACAACGAAGGAUGGCAGUAUGCAACAGAUUUCCCAGCACCUUAUCAUGGUAAAAAAAUAUUUACAGACUGUGUGCGCCGUCGGCGGUGGUACAGGAAGGCCCAAAUAAACACUGAAGGCCCAUGGGUUAGAGCAGGCUCUACGCCGCUACUUGACAUAUCACUUUGGUGUGGCACUCAUGAGAUAAGUGUUUGGGCAAUUACAAUGGGAGGUGAAGCCAUUUAUCGAACGGGGGUCACAGCUGCAACACCAGCGGGUCUUCACUGGGAGCACGUGAACAGCCCUCAGUCGUUUAUAGGUGUCAGCACUUGUAACAACGUAGUAUGGACAAUUGGAAGAAAAGGAGAAAUAUAUUACCGAGAUGGCGUAACAAAUGAACAUCCUUCUGGCACUAACUGGAGGCUGGUUGAAGCGCCGAAGUGCAGCUAUCCGUAUGGCCAGAAAUCUGGUGCUGGGGCGAAGUUGGUUUCACUGUGCUCCAAUGCAGCGUGGGUGCUUCUUACGAAUGGCAUGCUUGCUGUUAGAACAGAUGUGUCACAGAAAGAACCCGAGGGGGUGCAUUGGAAAUAUCUUUCAGAAAAUGAAUAUUUCAAGCAUGUGUCAUGUAUGGGACACGAGGUUUGGGCAGUGCGAAGUGACGGCUCCCUGCAGAGAAGACUCGGGGUCACUGCCGAUAAUGUUUCCGGAAUCGCCUGGCAGGAGAUCCUUAACGUUCCUUUGGUGCAUAUAUCAGUAAGGGGAUCCUCCUAGCAGAAGUCUUGAAUACCAUGACUCUCGUGUGUGAUCAAAUAUUCUGUUUUUCAUGUGCAGCAUAAUUGCAGUGAUUUUCAACUUUGUAUUGUAUAGUCUUGCGAAUUAUUAAUUGCGGUAAAUCUUAUUAUUUCCAAUUUUUGCACCAUUAUACUAAAUCUAACCAAAUUAUAAUGACAGAUGAAUGACUGACACCAACCUUUUUAAUCAACAAAAUUGCUUAUUGCUAUUGCUUAAGAAAUCGUCAUAAUGGAAUUAUUACAUAUUGUAAGUUAUGAAAAUGUAUGCAGGUGGAAAUACUAACGGAAGCGGGAAGAAGUGCGAGGUACUUAUAUAAUGAUUUAUAAAUAACAUUGUGAAUUGAACGACAUUGUUAAUUUUUUGCUAUUUUGUGGGAUAUUUUAGAAAUUAUUUUCUCAUAAAGGUUUUUGAUAUGAUACCUUAAUGAUAAACCUGUUUUGUGGUCAUUUUAAAAUACCGGUGUAUCUACUGUCCGGAUUCCGAUCACGGUCAAUGGAGUUUUAAUCAAUCGCUCAAUUAAAUCGACCGAACUUAAAUUAAUACCAAGAGAAUUGGAAAGAUUUGCUUUCAGCCGUUAUUGAUAUACCAGUGUUAUUAUUUUAAGGAAAACUAUAAUUGAAAGUAAUUUUAUGAGGCUGCAGCCUUACAUUGCUCAAUUGUUUUAAGUUUAAAUUAGUGCCUGUAUUGGCUAGCAGCUUUUCAACAAAAGGCAUUCAUUUAUCACUUUUUUUUUUUAUUCUGUACCACCAUUUUACCUCCUUUUAUUCCAAUACAUGGAUCAUCAUACAAUAAAUUAAGUGUAAGACACUAAAUCCUAAAUUAAUAUUCACAAUGUCGCACAAGCAAAGAACAUUAUAUUUAGGGAUAAACUACAUUUAGUUUUGUAAUUAUGAGCACAUUCCUUUAAAAAGUGAUAUAUUUAUUAUGCUUUUCAAUAUUUAUUAUUCCUAAUUAAGAUCUCGUAUGAUUUUCAGUGCAUUUAGACACUAUUAUUUAUUGUAAGUUUUAAGAUGUGUAUUACCAUAAUCUAGUCACUGUUAUUAAGUUUUAAUGUAAAAUAGUGAAUAUGUACCAAAAAUGCUAGUUUGUUUAGAGUUGAAUGAACUUUUAAAUGUAUUCCAAAUAUAAAAUUCUCGUGUA